CAAGGGGGAGACAGAGAGGGAAGAGUUGGUCGGGCAGAUCCCUGACAUGGAGGAGAUGUGUAACAUGUGUGAUACAUUGUGUUCCUUACUGGCACAGGAAUCACAUGGAGCUGCACUGUGUGGGGCUGAGGGGGCACAUAAUGAGGGGGGCACAGAUGGGAUAAUGGCCCCUGGAUUGGCUCAUAUUGUGCUGGGUAUAAGGACACUGAUCUACUAUGGGCAGGAGGCUACAGACCUGUUACUGGAUAUAAACACGGCUCAUAAUCUUGUAUCUGUAUCAGGGGACAGGAAAUCUGCUUCCUACUCACUAACACAACUACAUUACCCACAAUCCCCAGAGAGAUUUCAGGAUUAUGCUCAGAUUUUAAGCAGCAGGAGUUUCCCCUCAGGGCGACAUUACUGGGAAGUGGAGGUCAGUGAAUCAGGGGACUGGAGGGUAGGGGUGGCCUAUCCCAGUAUAGAGAGGAGAGGGGAUCAGUCCUGUAUUGGGAAUAAUAACAAGUCCUGGUGUUUGUGGAGAUGGAAUAAUAAUAAAUAUACAGUGAGACAUGACAGUAAAGAAACAAAGUUACCCCACAUCCCUUCCUGCAGGAGAAUCAGGAUCUCAUUGGACUAUGAGGCCGGACGUCUGUCCUUUUAUGAGCUGAGUGAGCCAAUCAGACACUUACACACCUUCACUGUCACAUUCACUGAGCCCCUCCAUGCUGCAUUCUCUGUAUUGGAGUCGGGUGCCUGUGUGAGAAUCAUUAGUUAGGGCACAGGCCACUGUAGAUUUAGAAGUAAAAUCACAUUCCUCUCGUGCUCAUUUAGUGGCCACAUCCCUAUAUCACGGCCCUUUUUAUAAAAUUUGUCAGGAAAGUCUGAACACAUUUAUGGAGUUUUAGGGCCAUGUUUUAUGUGUUAUUACAGAUUUGCUAAUGAAGAGACCUCUCCCAAGAGACCUGCUGAUCUUAUUAGUUACAAUUGUAUCUCAGUGCAGGUGCUGAGUAUUCUGGGAUCUGACAAAAGUCUCCUUAUCUCAUUCAGUUUGUGAAACGUUACUUUUCCUGCUCAUUCAGUGUCAGGGAUCAAAGAGAAAUGUGAGAUGUGAAUAAGAAUUUGGGACUAUGGGCUGAGCUGUCACAACCAGAACUGUCCUGUGAAUGUACAAUAUACAAUAUGUGUGUUAUACAAUAUUCUGUGGGUAUGGGGGGGGGGGGCAGAUUAUAUUAGAGACAAGAAGCCAAAUAUAUUAACCCUGGGGCACAGCUCUUAUGUGAGGGGAUUAUCCCAAGAUUUUACUGAAGUUAUACACUGAUCAUGUGACUAAGGAGGAUACGGCCAGACAAUUAGUUUGGCAGUGACAGUGUAAAUUAGCCCCGCCCAUUUCCUUUAAGGCCACACCCACUGAUAUUUCCUAUAGGGAAUUGCACAUGGGGAGUGAGAGGACUGUGCCAGUCACAUGAUUAACAGCUCAGUUGGUGCAGCAAAUGGCUCAGUUGCCCCUGAGUAGUGAGCCCAGGACUGAUUCACUGGUCACUAAGGCAAUUAUCCAUGAUCUCCCUCUAACUGAUCUCACCACUGUGUGUGUAUAAAUAAAAUAGGUUGGGAUUUUAGCAAAUAAUGUGCCUGAGACUUUGUGACUCUUCUCCUCUUACUGUAUGUGAGGGGCUUGUGUUUAUUGUAUGGAAUAUGCUGCAUUGUGAUUGGCUUAUAUCAGUGAUAUUCACAUCAGUCAGGUGACACCCCUACUUAUCUGCAGCACAGAUCAGAUGGGGGGGCUGUUCUAUUGCAGCUCUAUGGGAAAACUGCCUGUUGUCUGAUACAGGUGAGAACUGGGACUGCUAAUAAUAAUCUAUAAAUGUUAAAUUCCUACCAGAAAUUGUAUUUUAAUCUGCUGAGAGAGCUACGAUUUAUAUCCUGUAAUUAAUCUGAUGGCUAAAGGCAACACAAUCCCUAUAAUAAAGUUUUUGCAUAUUUUUGUUGGUUAUUGUUAUUAAUAAUAAAAUGUGAGAAUGUU